CAACUUGCUUUGAGAUCUGAUAAUAUGUGGCAGGGCUUAGCAUGCUGGUGCUUCCUACUUAUACAAGAGUAAUGGAAGUGGAACUCCGACUUUCUACUCAACACAGUGCCACAGUGGUUGAUAAUGCAUGACAUGAACAUUUUUGAAUAUUCAUCAUUGUAGAUUUGUAGUCCUUGAUUUCCCUGAAUUUUGUGCACCUUUUUCGUCUUGAAUAAUAAAUCAAAAAGAUUCAUCAUUAAUAUCAUCUCUGAACCAUUCUGAACUAUUGAAGUUCCAAACAUGUCUGAUGAUGAGAUGGAAAAGUUUGAAAUAACAGAUUAUGAUCUGGACAAUGAAUUCAACAUUCAUAGAAACCGCAAGAAGCAGAGCAAACAUCAUCAAAUUUAUGGUAUAUGGGCAGAUGAUAGUGAGGAUGACAAUGAUGAAAAACCUUCAUUCAAGUCCAGAAAACAACCAAAAAGUUACACAGCACCCAUUGGAUUUGUAGCAGGUGGAAUUCAGCAGGCUGGAAAAAAGAACAAAGACAAUGAUCAGGAUGCAAUUAAGAAAGAAGAGGGAUCAGAUGAUGAGCCAACAACUUCUUUCAAAACUACCAAUAGUUCAGAUGAAUCUGAAGAGGAAGCACCUAGGGCAGGUUUUGGUAAGAGCAGAUUCCAAAAAUCCCAACAAGCCACCAUGACAGAAACCACAGGAGAAAUAGCAGGUUUACGUAGAAAAAACACCUUGAAUCCAUCAUUGAUUAACAGAGGUGUUGGCAAUUGGGAAAAACACACAAAAGGUAUAGGGGCCAAGCUGCUGCUCCAGAUGGGCUUCCAGCCUGGAAAAGGCUUGGGAAAAGACUUGCAGGGCAUAUCUGCACCUGUAGAAGCCCAGUUGAGAAAAGGAAGGGGGGCUAUAGGAGCUUAUGGACCAGAAAAACCUGCUAGCAUACCAAAAUUAAAGGAGCAAUUAGUGAAAUCAGAAUUUGACGACGAUGAAAAUGAAAUUACUAAAGGGGAAUCUAAAUGGAAGAAAACAGAAUCCCUCAAUAAAAAAUCGAGAUAUUACUAUCGAAGUGUCGAUGACGUUAUUGAAAAAGGUAAACGUCCUGGAGCUUUUAGACAUUUGGGAAAUGCAAGCGAACUUAGUAAAGUGAAGGUAAUCGACAUGACAGGACCCCAACAACGGGUGCUCAGUGGCUAUCACGCUUUGAGCGGUCUUAAGGCCCCACCGGGCGUUGAACACUACGAAGAUGUUGUACAUAAAAAAUGUUCUAACUUUGCGUUGCCAGAAAUGCAGCAUAAUCUGGAUUUAUUGGUCGAUAUGUGUGAACAGGAUAUUAUAAGGAUAGAUCGCAAUAUUAGACACAACGAGGAUAAAAUUGUGGCACUAGAACAGGAAGAAAAAUCUAUAAAGGAUGUGUUAAGAAAGGAGGAUGAUGGAUUAAAAAACCUACAAGAAGUUAUAGACGUGGUUAAUAAACUGAUGGAUCCUUCUCAAGGAUACUCACUAGGACAAAUUGCUGCUAUCUUCAAAGAUCUACAGGAGCGCUAUGAAGAGGAAUACACCGUUUACGAACUGUCCGAAUUGGCGCCCGGCCUGAUCGGCCCCCUUCUGACGUCAGCGUUGGCCAGCUGGAGCCCGCUGGCCCAGCCCGAUCGCUAUCUUGACGUGUUCGCCCAGUGGACGGACAUUCUGGACAAGAGGACAAGGCACCGUGGGAAUCUAGAAGGUAAUAAAUCGGGAAUACAGCCGUUUGAUAGUCUCAUUUGGCAUACUUGGAUGCCUGUUGUGAGAACUUGUGUUAGUUCAUGGAAUCCCAGAGAUUGUGACACACUAAUUACCCUUGUGGAAACUUGGAAAGCCAUCAUACCUCCUUGGAUCUUGGAAAAUGUAUUGGAUCAAAUAAUAAUACCUAAAAUACUGGACGAAGUGAACGCUUGGAACCCACUGACCGAUACAGUACCGAUACAUUUGUGGAUACAUCCAUGGAUUCCCCUUCUAGAAGCCCGAUUGCAGGCCACAAUAUACCCGGUGAUCCAAGAGAAACUGGGCACGGCCCUGGCCAACUGGCAUCCCUCCGAUCGGUCCGCCAAACUGAUGCUGCAGCCCUGGCAGCGGGCGCUCUCCAAGGGCGCGUUCGUCGCCUUCCUGCUCAAGCACAUCGUGCCGAAACUGCAGCUUUGCAUGCAGUCGUUGGCCAUCAAUCCGCACCAGCAGCAUUUAGAUCCGUGGACGUGGGUGAUGGACUGGAGCGAUAUGCUCUCCACUGCCAACCUCACCCUCAUCCUCGACAAGUUCUUCUUCCCCCGAUGGCUGCAGACGCUGGCCGUAUGGCUGAAUCACAACCCCAACUACACUCAGGUGACCGAGUGGUAUUCGGGGUGGAAGAGGAUGUUGUCGGACGAGUUGUUGAGUCAGCCGACGAUAAAAGAAAAUUUCCACAAAGCAUUGGAAAUGAUGAACAGAGCUGUCAAUAUCGGUCAACAACCUGGUGCUAAGGAAUCGAUAUCUUAUUUGAAAAAUAUGGAAGAAAAUGGCGUCCCGACGCCCGCACCACCACCCAGAGUUGAGACCUUCGCCGAAGCUGUGAAAACCGCUUCGAAAAUACCGCAAGGAUUCAAGGACCUCGUGACGAAAAAGUGCGAGGAACGCGGCAUCCUUUUCGUACCCAUUCCGAACAAGUACCACGAGGCCAAGCAGGUGUACCGAAUAGGGUCCAAUGGUGUACAGUGUUACAUUGACAGAAAUGUCAUUUUCUAUGCUCAGAACAAUUCCAUCUGGACACCGACCUCUUUGAAUAAGUUGUUAGAUGCCGCUUGAAUGGCGGGUUUGUUCUUUACUUGGAGUUUGAGGUUAAUCGAUAAUUUUGUACAAAUAGUAAGUAAUAAAUUAUUGAAUUUU